AAUCUAUUGUUCUCACGGUCAUGGAAGACAAAAAUAUUCGCAUAGCGGGGUGAAAAGUUAGGAUGACUGCGCUUCUGCCCCGCUCAGCUGUCUUAAGAUGUUGAAGUUGAAAGUUGAAUAUAACACAUAUGCUGUUUACUUUGGAUAUCUGCCUUAUUUGGUCAAAAUACAUUUUAUUUAUCAAUGACGUAUAUUUGUUUAAAUCCUAAGAUCAUUUUACUUUAGUGAACGGCCUUUAUCUGAAAUUGAAUGCACGCCAAGCCUGAUGGUAUUGUCUGAAGGCCAACUGUUUACAUAUGUACGGAGCAUGGCGACGAUGCUUUAUGAAUAUAUAAUUCACGGAUGACACGGUUUGAUCCACGAUUAUCAUAUAAGGAUUCUUUAAUUGAUAUGGAAAGUUUUCACGAAGGAGAAACAGACGAGGACAAUACUCCACUGCUAAUGUCUGCGAGUGAGGAUUAUUCGUCGGAACGAAAACAACUAAGAGAAGAAAACGCCGAUUUAAGACAAAGACUUCGUCGCGCACAAAAGAAGAUCAAUGAACAUAUGAAUGAAAUGAAAGGCCUUAACGAGAGGCUUACUCAAGAACGUGGUCACUUUACAAAGUUACUUAAUCAAUUAUUAAGAGAGUACUAUAGCUUGGGCGAAAAUUCCAUUUCCUUCAAAGAUGAACUGGAGGCAACGCAAAUCCUUCUUUUAAAGAAGCAAGAAAAUAUACAGGAGUUACAAACGUGUAUUGAUCGGUUGAGGACAGAAAUCUUUAAAACUGGUCAGAAAUCUUUGAUGAAAUUAUUUGAUGGUAUUGCCGGCUCUGAAUGCGAUGGUGAAUCGCAAGUGAUUGCUAAUGGUUUCGCAAAUCAUGAAAACGAUGAUCCUCACAAUGAAAAACGCCCUCCAUCACAUAGAAAGAGUGCUGAACUAAAUCCCGAUGAUCUUGUUUUAUCAUGUACAUUGUGUUCUGAAAAAAUAAGAAUCGAUGAAAUAACGAGCCAUUCGAGAAUAUGUUCCGCUCAAUCCCAAACGAAAUAUCGGCCCAUUUUGAAACCAGACACACUGAAUGUUUAUGUCACUUUAUCACAAGCAGAUAUUGAAAAUACAUCAUUCAAAAUCGUUACCAAGACCAAUCUAAUGAGUUACAGUAGUCAUCAUUAUGAUGUCCGCAGAAGCGAGUCAGAUUGUGUUUGGUUUCGAAACAAUUUGCUUGAAUUAUGUACUGAGUGUGUAGUUCCUCCCUUGGUAGAACAAACAUCAGCUAAUGGCAAAACAAGAGAACUCGAGAGAUUUCUGUUGCGCCUGUGCAAGCAUCGGAUGUUAAGAGAAAGCAGUUUACUGAAGCUUUUUUUAACUGGCUCUAAUGAGGAUAUUCAAACUGCAAAAGAAGAUUUUCUCGAGCGACAAGCUUUAAAACAAAAUGCAAUAGAGAUCAAACAAUCUGAAAUGCUAACCGGUGACAAAGGAAAACUCGUCAAAUGUAAAAAAUAUUUGGAGUCGGUGGUCCAUGGUUUAAAUGGCUUAAUUAAUCAUUUGCAGAAUAAUCUGGAGAAUAAUUCAACAAAGGGACGUGGUCGAUGGUUUAAACGCAUUGCGGAAUCUGAGCCCACGGACACCUAUUUGAAGAUGUCUGCGCAAGCAUUGAGUAAAGUUUGUGAUGAUUUGGAAAGAGGACAGGAAGAGGACGAAAAGCUAAUAAUCUGCGAUCUUCAAAGUGUUUUAGAAUAUAUUUAUUGUUGUCAGGAGUUAUUGAGAAGGGUGGAAAAUUCAGCAAAUCGAUUUUUAUAUUGGGAGGAGGAAGUUCGUGAGUGCGAGGAAAUGAAGAAAAACAUAAACAGAGAAAGUAAUUCAGAUCUUACGAGAAAAUGGGCUGAGGCUAAUUCCAAUUUACUUGGGGCUAAAGCUCACUUAGAAAUGAUGUACGAAAGUCUUGCAAAUGAGCUCGAGUAUUUUGACUAUCAAAAAGAGAUGGAACUUCGUGAUAUAUUCAUUGAGUAUACAACCUUGCAAUCUGAGCAUUAUGAAAAGGUGAAAAGUAAGUGGGAAGCAGCAACACUGAUGACAGACAUAGAACUGUCCCGUGCUAACAGGGCCAUUGUAUUCACGUAAUCGAUUCUUAAGAAUAUCAAUCCGUAUUGAUCUUGUGAUUGAGGUCAGAGGUAUGCAGCUUCAUUAGGGAAGAACGGAAAGAACUGUUUGUUAUGUUGUUAGUCAAUCAACUUCUGAUUGGGCAAUUGCGCUAAUUAGUUGAAGAAAGAUCCUUUGAAAUAAUUUGUUUAAAUUACACCCUUUUAAAUUUGCGUA